GAGAGAGAGAGAGUAAAUAAGUGAGCGACAGAGUGUGUGAGGGGGAGAGGAGGUGAGGCAGGAAGGGAGAGAUAGAGAGAGUUAGAGAGAAUAGGAGAGAAAGAGUAAUUCAAGGAAAGAGAAACAAAGAAACACAACAGCACGCGUAAGGAGGAUGAAAAGACUUUUCCAUAAAUAUCUGUAGCGCUGCCUUAUCUCGACUGACGACAAGGAGGGCGUGCGGAGGCAUGCAAAGGCAAGCAGAGGUGGGGAGAGAGGGAGGGAAGAAGAGAGAAUGAGAGUGAGAGAAAGGGAGGAAGAGGGAAGAGAUGGGGACGAAGAAGAGAGAGAGGGAGAGGGAUGGAGAAGGCGAGAGAGAGAAGAGUUGAGAGAGAGAGACGGAAAGACACAGAGAAAUGGUUGUAGAAGGAGAGAGAUAGGGAGUGUGAAAGAAAGCGAGAAAGAGAGAUGGGGAAGGGAAGGAAGAGAGAGAAAUAGGGGUUAGGAAAUGGAGAGGUAAGGGAGGAAAGUAAGAGAAAGGAAAAGAGAGGGAAAAAGUCAGGGCUUGAAGGGAAACGAGAGGAGAGUGAGAGAGUCAAAAAAAAAGAAAAAGAGAGUAAAAGGGAAAGAAAGAGAUAGAAAAAGAGAGACUGAGAAAAAAAGAGAGAUGGUAGGGGGAUGGGGAGAGAGUUGAUUAUGAAGGGGGAGAUAGCAAAUUAGACAAAGAUUAAGAUAAGAACUUAGAAAGAGAUGGGGGGAGGGAAAUAGAUAGAUAGGGAGAGAGAGAGAACGAGAUAGAUAGAGAAAGAGAGAAAAGUUGUGAAAGGAGAGAGAGAGAUAGAGAUAGUGGGGAGAGAAGGGGAAAGAGGAAGAGAGGUAGAGAAGGAAGGAGAAAGAGAAAGAAUUUGGGGAAAGACUGAGAGAAAAAGGAUGAUAGGGGGAAGAAAAGAGAGGGGGUAAGAAGUAGAGAGGGAAGGAGAGAGAGAGAAUGAGAUAGGCUUUAUCUUUUUAUCAGCUGACGCUCCGGGAAGACAACUGGCGCACCACACACACACACACAUUUAAACCCAUGCAGACGCAUACACAGAUAAAGAAACAUUCACAUACAGACAAACACAUUCAAACACACAGACAAACGCACACAUGCAUAUAAACACGUGCACAGAGACAAAGAAACAGAUAAACACAGAUACAAACACACCUACACAGAAACAAACGCACACACAAACAUAGAUGUGAAUUCUGUCAAAAGAGGGAUGUGAUUUCUGUCUUUGUGAAGUGAAUAGGAUUUUUCCCUAAAUGGAAUGAGGUAUGAUAUGUGUGUGUAAAGUGAGGUUUCCAUUCUCCUAAUUGGGUGAGUGACUGAGUAACGGAGGGAUUCAGGGGGAAACAUAGAGAGAGACUGACCGAGUGAGUGAAAGGCAGAGAGAGCAAUUGAGCGAUUGAGAAACUAAGAGAGAGUAAUAGUUUAAGAGGCGGAGAGAGGAACUGAGUGAGAAAGAAUAAUUGAGUGAGAGAGAGAGGAUAUUGGACAGACAGACAGGGAUAUUAAUCGAAUGAGUGAGAGUAAUUGAGUAUCUUGGAGCUUACUCGUUCCUCGCUUUGUCUGCAGUGUACGAGGGCACAGUACGAGCGGAAUUACCGGGCGGGAUUGUUUCCAAGAAGAAAUCAGUGCGACUCCUUGCUUAAGGGGACACUCAGGUGCUCUGCCUGUCUCCUGUGUCAUAUAGGAAAUAAGUGGGUCUCUUAACUACCCAAAAGAGAAAAGAAUAAAACUAAUAAAUUAGUAAAUCCACAAACCUUCAUGUUACGUUAACGAUGUUGAGCACGACAGGCCAGGCUAGAUAAAGAGAGGGCAUUACUCACUACGGGGGUAGGCUAAUGCGUUCAUAUUGUUUCAUGGUUGGACACUGCAGUGUUGCACGAAGGAGGGUUCCUCAGCGGACACACACACCUAUAUCUUUGUUAUGUGUUUAAGUGUGUCGUAAAGGAGUAAGCGCGCGUGCGGGUGGGCCUGAGCGAGGCUGACUGUCCCGUUAUCAGUGGAGCGAAGGUCGCCGAUAAGAGGAGGCAGCGAUUCGGCGCGGCCACAGCGAGCUCAGUUGCAACCAGCAGCGCCAACUGCCGCAAGGACACCGCCAACGCUCCAACAACAACCGCAACCUACGAUGGCUACCUCGGACCGCAACGCCCGCCUCAUUGCUCUGGUCGACGCCGACGACGCAGAGGGACUACGGGCCGCCCUCGCCGCCCUCUCCCCUCACGCCCGCGCCCAGUUCUUCAAAGGUUCCCGUCCCCUCCACCGCGCUGCCCGGGAAGGCCGGAGGGAGGCGGUGGAGACGCUCCUCGCCGGGGGAGCUGACCCCGACGCCGGGGAUGAGAGUAAUUAUGAUGCCACUCCGCUGCACUUAGCUUCCAGGGAGGGUCAUCUUCCCGUGGUGGACGUUCUCCUAGCGGAGGGCGCCGACCACAACGCCAGAGACAAGGACGGCCGAACGGCGAUGCACUUGGCAGCCAGGCGGGGGCACUGGGGGACGCUGGAGGCUCUUGCGGCGGGCGGGGCCGACGUGGACUCCGUCGAUGAUGAGGGCAACACGCCUCUUCACGAUGCAGCUUCAAGGAGGCAGCUUCUCGCAGUGGGCAUCCUGACUGGCCUCGGGGCGUCCACCAGUAAGAAGAAUAAGGGCAGGGAGACUCCGCAGGACCUGUUGGAGGAACCUUCCGCUGAUGAACUCUUCUCCAUGGCGGAGGAAUGUGCUGCGGCCGAGAAGGAAAGGAUGAGGAAGAUGCAGGACAAACUCGAGGAGCAGCAGAAGGAGACGAAGAAGAAGUACGACUCGAAGGAGGUGGAGGCAGCCAACCUGCAGAAGGAAAUCGGAAAGAUCAAGAAGGAAAAGGAAAAGGAAAAAAGGUUUCUACAGGAGAAACUCGAGGAGCAGGAGAAGGAGAUGAGCAAGAGGUACGACUUGAAGGUGGCGGAGGCAGCCAUCCUGCAGAAGGAAAAUGGAAAGUUGAAGGAGCUUCAGGAGAAGGAAAAGGAAAACAAGAACAAACUCGAGGAGCAGGAGAAGGAGAUGAAGAAGGAAAUCGAAAAGUUGAAGAAGGAACUUCAGGAAAAGGAAAAGGAAAGCAAGGACAAACUCGAGGAGCAGGCGAGGAAGAUGAAGGCAGAAACCAAACAGGUAGAGACCGAGUACGAGGCCCGACUACGGGACACGAACAUAGCCUACAACACCAAAGAGGACGAGGCAGCCGACCUGAAGAGGGAGAACAGAGACCUGAUGAUGAAGAUGGAAAGAAAGGAAGAAGAGAUCGCAUCUCUAAAGGAGACGGUGAAGCAAGCGCAAUUGCAUCAGCAAAGGUGUGAGAGUAAGGCGAGGGAGCAUGAAGCAGAGAAGGAAGGUCUCAACGAGCAGAUCGCAGAUCUUCAGGAAUACAUUGCAACUUUACAGGCGGAGAAUAAUGAAAGGAUGGAAAGUCUCAAAGCAAGGGAGAAGAGGAAGGAGAAAGAGGCAGCCAAAGCGAGAGGCGAGCUUGAGAAGAAGCUCAGUAGACGAGACAAGACGAUCGAGGUCCUCAAGAAAAAGCUCAGUGAACAAGAAGAGGCAAGAGAAAUGGACUCGCAACCCGAAGAGGAAGAGAGCGAGUUAAAGCGAAUGAAGAGGCAGUUAGAAAACCAGGAAGAGAAGGUCAGAGGCCUUCUUUCUGCGGUGGAAGGUCUUCGUUUGAGAGAAAUGGAGCCGCCACGUGAGCCUGAGCCGACGGCCGCCGGCCAGCCCUCGGUCUCAGGCAGGAGGAGGGGGCCCCGGGGAGCAGCUGGCAGCGAGAAGACUCCGCCAGCAGCUGCCACGGAGGGGGCUAGGGGAGCGGCAGGCGGGAGAGACAAGCCUCGGCAAGCAGCUCCUAGCCUUGCCUCGGCAAGCAGAGGCAAGGCUAGGAGAGCACCAGAGAGCGACGAGCCUGUGCAAGCCGCAGGCAGGGCUGAGCGUCCGGAAGCAGCAGGCAGGAGGGAAGGGGCAGGGCGAAAGGCAGUCAGGAGGGCCAAGUCUAAGGGGGCAGCUGACAGGGACGAGUCGCCACAAGACGAGAGGGACGAGUCGCCACAAGAAGACGACAGCGAAGAGUCAGAGUGAUUUCAUCCAGCUUCGUAAAGAUCGUGUGUAAAAUAGCUUAUAACUAUGUAGGGUAUAUAUCUUUUUCUCUCCAUUUACCACGUGUUUAUACUAUUGAUGGUGACUACAAAAAAAAAAAAAAACAAUAAUUAUAGAAGUAAUGAUAAUCAUGAUACUGAUAGUAAUUAUUAAAAUUAUUACAUUAAUGAUAAUGGAAAUGAUGAUGAAGAAAAUAAGUUUCAUGAAUCUGAUACAAUGAUAUUCAUGAUGAUAAUGACAUUAUUAUGACAUUUAUUUUAUUGAAAAUUAUAACGUUUAUAAAACCAACAAAGUUGAUAAUAAUUCAGAUCUGAAGAGGAAUGAGAGAGGAAGAAGUAAGAGAAAGAGCGAACUGGGCAAUCGAAGGGCAGGUCAGGACAGGUCAAGGGGUCAGGCGGUCAGGCCAAGUGUGGCCGGCAUAAGGGAGCAGAGUCUCAGGAUGGUAGAAGCGAGACCCGGUCGGCUUAAUAACAAAAAAAAAAACCAAGUAUAUAUAUAUAUAUAUAAGUAUAUAUAUAUACAUAUAUAACUAAAUAU